AUGGCACCAACGGUAUACCUCGUAUCCGGCACCAACCGUGGUAUUGGGCUUGCACUAGUGACACAACUUGCCACGCUCCCAGAAACGAUCGUUUUCGCUGGCACACGCGAUCCCGCAUCAGCCAAAGAUCUGCACGCUCUUCAGUCGAAGUACCCAGACAAAGUACACAUCGUGAAGCUCACCUCAGCGAACAAGGAAGACAACGCCGCUGCGGUCGCCAAUAUUGAAGAGGUAGCUGGAAGGCUGGAUGUUGUGAUUGCCAAUGCCGGCAUCUCGAAUGCUCUCUAUACACCUCUCGAAGUGCCGAUGGAGGCCAUGAAGGAACAUUAUGAGGUCAAUGUUCUUGGUCCGCUUGUUCUGUUCCAAAAUGUGUAUCCACUCCUCCAAAAGAGUACUUCAAAGCCCAAGUUCGCGGUUGUUUCGUCUUAUGUUGGCAGCAUUGCCGGGGGAACAAUGGUGCGAGCGAAUUCCACUGCAUAUGGGACUAGCAAAGCUGCGGUCAACUGGUUGUCUGCGAAGUUGUAUCAUGAGUACCCUGAUCUGAUUUCCAUCUCGUUCCACCCUGGCCUCGUGGAUACGGACAUGUCAGCCUACGCCAUCGCACGAUCCCCCGAAAUGGCCCAUAUUCCGAUGAUCACCAGCGAGGAGUGCGCGAAAGGGAUUCUGAAUGUUCUGGAGACGGCUGAGAAGCGCGAGGGAGAAGGCCCGAAGUUCACCAACUGGGAUGGCUCUAUGUCGCCCUGGUGA